AUGGCCCCAAAGGCAGAGAAAAAGCCAGCUGAGAAGAAACCUGCCGCCGAGAAAACUCCGGCAGCCGAGAAGGCUCCGGCGGAAAAAAAGCCAAAAGCCGGAAAGAAAUUGCCAAAAGAAGGCGGCGCAGCGGCAGGAGACAAGAAGAAGAAGCGGACGAAGAAGAGUGUUGAGACCUACAAGAUCUACAUCUUCAAGGUGUUGAAACAGGUUCACCCUGAUAUUGGGAUUUCCAGCAAGGCCAUGGGUAUCAUGAACAGCUUCAUAAAUGAUAUCUUCGAGAAAUUGGCUCAGGAGGCUUCCAAGCUCGCUAGGUACAACAAGAAGCCGACCAUCACUUCUCGGGAGAUUCAAACUGCUGUGAGAUUGGUUCUUCCUGGAGAAUUGGCGAAGCACGCAGUUUCUGAGGGCGAGGAGGUGGACCGUUAUUAUUUUCCAUUUCUAUUGAAUUCUUGGCUGUGUGAUGAAACAAUUCUCUGUUUUCAUUUAUUUGGUAUUGGCUAUGGUUCACUUGUGCAGUUGCUAAGUUUACGGCAGUCCUUAAGCAAGGCUACGGGUAUUAUGAGCAGCUCCAUCAAUGAUAUUUUCGAGAAAUUGGCCCAAGAGGCGUCCAAACUUGCAAGGCACAACAAGAAACCCACUGUCACUUCUCGGGGAGAUCUGCUUCCGCUGGAGAGUUGGCUAAGCACGUUGUUUCCGAAGGGGCUAAGGCGGUGA